AAUUAUCACCAAUUGUUAGAACAGAUAUCAUCAAAAAAAGACUGUUCAGACAAACAGGACAGACAGACAACCGAUAGAUAUGAGUGAUGAUAGCAGUGAUAGUAGAAGUAGAAGAAGAAAAAGGCGAAGAAGAAACAGCGGACCAGCUGCUGCUGCCGGUGCACCCAGUAGUCAUGGCUCAGGUAGUCAGUCACCACCAACAGGCCAGAGACAGUUUGUUGAUCCGAUGGAAGAGUUGUUGAGAUUCUAUGAUGAACAGCAAGAACAACAGGAACAAGCAGGAGAAGCACAGUUACCACAAUGGCAACCACCAGUUCGGGUACCCGCGACCGCGACAUAUACUCGAACGGCUGAGGAAGAUCCGCAACCAAUUGUAUCGUCGGGCGAACAGACACCGCCAUACCUGCCAUUCGAACAACAGUAUUCGUGGGAAUUCAUGGAACCAACACCAGUACCACUAUCGCCCGGUGCGACGGCGACGACGACAGCAGCGUUUCUGGAACGACUACGAGCCAGACAGCCGUCGACAAGCAUACCGUCACCGACACCAAUGCCAUCGCCGGGAACAUCUAUGGAAACACAUCUACGACGACUGGGUAGAUGGCCGGCAAACUCACCCACACCAUCAUCAUCGGCUGCCGGCAGUGACCCCGAUAGGUCUUCUAUUGAUUUUCUGGCAAACCUUAGCAUACCAUCACCGACACCAUUACCGGCCAGUUCGCCAUCGUCGUCGUCAAAACAGGCUUAUGAUUCAUACAGAUCACCAGUACAACCAUCGCCAUCGCCAUCACCGUCACCGUCAACAUCGGGAACAAUUAUACAUCAAAUAUCAUUGGACUCUUCGAAUGCAACAAUUAUCGCACCACAACAAACAGCAACGGGUGGCGGAUCGACAAUAGACCUGAUAUCUAGUUCAUCAUCGGGAUCCGAUUCAGGACUGUUGGGUUUGGCCAGGGCAUUUCGUGAAGAACAUAGAGAAAAACAGGAACAACUGGAUGAAUAUGGACAGCCGCCAUUAUCACCAUACGCUCAGAUAGCCUACAAUUAUCCCGAUUGGUCGAAUGUGGGUAAAGAGUAUCAAACAAAGAUACCGAAAUUAGAACCGUUGCCAUUGGAUGAACGAAAAUAUGUCGAAUCCAAGGGCAUAGAAUUUAAGCAACGUUUGGGCAAAGGUGGCUACGGAUCGGUAUAUCAAUGUAAACUAAAUGGUCCGCUACCCGGCCGACUCAAAUUUCCCCGUGAAAUGAUGGCCGUCAAGAUUUUGUCGUUAAGCCGGUACAUUGGUCAGGGCCUGAACACACGUACGCCGUACGAAGCGGUGAAAAAGAUGACCGAAGAGUAUCGAUUGCAACGCGAUUUGUUUCAUACAAACAUCGUUACCACUGUCGACAUGCUUGAGAUCAGGGAUACGAGUACACAGUUUCCAUGUAUACGGCACUUGCAUUUUAUGGAACUGUGUAAUGGAAAUCUAAGGGAACUAUUGAAACAAUUCGUAACAAUGGCCGAAACAGAUGCCAAACAAUGGUUUCGUCAUAUAUGUUAUGGACUCAGAUAUCUGCACGGUCGCGGUAUACGCCAUAUGGACAUCAAAUGCAUGAACAUACUAUACAAAGGUCAGUAUCCGGGUCCGGCUAUUUUCAAAUUGGCCGACUAUGGUAUGGCCAGCGAAAAAGAAGAGCUUGGUGGUCAAUACGGUACCAGACGCUAUAUGGCACCGGAAAUCAACGAUCAGAUCACUUACCAGACCAUGCCGUGCGAUAUCUGGUCGUUGGGUAUGUCAUUGUGCGAGACAUUGGGCGGCGUUGAUCAACAAACAGCAUUUAGAAGACAGCUUAUGUAUGUAAACAAUACGGGUAGGUUUGCCAUAUUUAAGUCGAGUACAAAUUACAAGAUUAAUACCUAUGAGUUUUGUCGUAUGAUUCUGACUAUGGUUGAACAUAAUCCGACAGUCAGGGCUACUAUUGAACAGAUUAUCAAUUGUGAUUGGUUUACAAUGUAAUAUCAUUGGGUCAGUCCGUAUCGGUCGAUUCAAUAAGGGUAUUGGGUAAGUGAGGGUUAGGUGGGUAUGUGUGAUGUGUGUGCCUAGAGUUUUAAAAAAAUUGUUAUUAUGUUAUGUUAAUAAAAAAAAAACUUAUAGUGAAAUCAAUGGUUAAGGUAAAUAUAUAAUUUAAUUAAAAAUA